AUGGGUGACUACUCGAAAGCACUUGAAUUUUACGAAAAAGCACUUGAAAUCGACGAAGAAGCUCUGCCUUCGAAUCAUCCCCAAUUGGCUACUUCAUACAGCAACAUCGGUGGAGUAUACCGCAACAUGGGUGACUACUCGAAAGCACUUGAAUUUUACGAAAAAGAUCUAGAAAUCAUACAAAAAGCUCUGCCUGCGAAUCAUCCUGAUUUGGCUAAUGCAUACAGCAACCUCGGUAAAGUGUAUAAUAACAUGGGUGACUACUCGAAAGCACUUAAAUUUUACCAAAAAUCACUUGAAAUAAAAGAAAAAUCUCUGCCUCCGAAUCAUCCACGGUUUGCUACUUCAUACAGCAACAUCGGUCAAGUGUAUAAUAGCAUGGGUGACUACUCGAAAGCACUUGAAUUUUACGAAAAAUCACAUAAAAUCUACGAAAAAGCUCUCCCUUCGAAUCAUCCCUCAUUGGCUACUUCGUACAACAACAUCGGUCAAGCGUAUAAUAACAUGGGUGACUACUCGAAAGCACUUGAAUUUUACGAAAAAUCACUUAAAAUUAAAGAAAAAGCUCUGCCGUCGAAUCAUCCCUCAUUGGCUACUUCAUACAACAACAUCGGUCAAGUGUAUAAGAACAUGGGUGACUACUCGAAAGCACUUGAAUUUUACGAAAAAUCACAUCAAAUCUACGAAAAAGCACUGCCUUCGAAUCAUCCUCAUUUGGCUGGAAGCCAUUUAAGUUUUGCAGCAUGUUACGAAAGAAUGGGUGAUUACACAACAGCUCUUAAAAACCUUGAAAAUGCUUAUCAAAUUCAGCAAAAAGCUUUUGAAGAAGGUAAUUCAGCUUUUGGUUUAACAUACAGUAGGUUUGGAAGAGUUUAUUGCAAUAUGAAAGAUUAUUCAAAGUCACUUGAUUACUUUCAAAAAUGCCUCGCAAUAUUUCAACGAACAUUACCAGAAAGACAUCCCAAUCUAGCUAUUACAUAUAGUAAUAUUGGUGAUGUUCAUCGUUUAAUGAGUGAUUAUGAGAAGGCAAUUGCAUUUCAUCGAAAAGCAUUAAAUAUUCAAGAAAAUGUUCAAUGUAAUCCUCUCGAAUGUGCAACGACAUAUAUAGAUUUAGGUGAAACAUAUCGUCAAAUGAAAGAUUAUACAACAGCAUUGACAUAUUAUGAAAAAGGAUUAGAAAUACGUGAAAAUAAACUACCAAAAAAUCAUCCUGAUUUAGCUAUUGUAUAUCACAAUUUGGCAAAAUUAUAUUUAUCUACUCGACAAUAUAAUAUGGCAAUGAAAAAUGUUCAACAAGCCGUAGAAAUUGCUCAAGAAAAAUUACCUUCAAAUCAUCCUCAUAUUUUGGAAUAUAAAGAAACAUUUGAAAAAAUUCGAAAGAAAAUGUAA